GCGCAUCUCCCGCUGAACCUCCGACAGGCUCCUCCCUGUCUCAAAUCUGUCACAUUUUAGAAUCACAUUUAAGAAUAGGACACCGAGGGCUUGAAAACAGAUUUCAGCGGGGGAGCUCACCCGAUCAAAGAGAUGAACCUGGAUGAGGACAGCAGCCUGCCAGUCAGCUGCGGCAACGGCAAACUGAGACAGUGGCUGAUUGAUCAGAUAGACAGCAGGAGGUAUCCCGGCCUGAUCUGGGAGAACGAUGAAAAGUCCAUCUUUAGGAUUCCGUGGAAGCACGCAGGAAAGCAAGACUACAACAGAGAGGAAGAUGCUGCGCUCUUCAAGGCAUGGGCACUGUUUAAGGGAAAAUAUAAGGAAGGAGUCGACAAGCCGGAUCCCCCCACAUGGAAGACCAGAUUACGCUGUGCUCUUAAUAAAAGCAAUGACUUUGUUGAGAUAGUGGAAAACAGCCAACUGGACAUCUCAGAGCCAUAUAAAGUCUACAGAAUCAUUCCAGAGGAAGCCAAAAAAGGGAUAAAGAUGAGCAGUAUGGAGGAGACACCGUCACAUGUAAAUUCCCUGGGCUACAUCCCACCAUACGCGUCUCUGCACAACCAGGUACCUGGCUACAUGCUUUCUCAGGAGAGAAGGGACUGGAGGGACUACUCACCACUAGAGCAACAACCUCUUCCUCCUCCACAUCACCACGCAGAGGUGCAGUAUGGUCAGUGCCACUACACGUCGCCGUUCACCCGGGCUUGGUCUGGUUCACACGCAGAAAAUGGUUUUCAGCUCUCCUUCCACACCCAACCGCCCGUGUAUACAAUGGACCUCAACAAUGCCAUAACAGAUUUCAGCCUGCAUGUGUCCCUAUACUACAGAGAGUCUUUGGUGAAGGAGGUUACCACCACCAGCCCAGAGGGCUGUCGGAUCACCUCUUCUCCCUCAUCCUCUCCAUCCUCUUCCCCGUGCCCAGAGGACAAAUCUCACAGCGGGGCCGAAAUCAUCCUUUUUCCAUUCCCCUACCCUGAGUCUCACAGGCAGGGCGCCGAGAUGCUCUCUAACAUACUGGAGCGGGGGGUGCUUCUGUGGAUGACGCCUGAUGGCUUAUACGCUAGGCGCCUCUGCCAGGGACGGGUGUACUGGGAGGGACCUCUGGCUCCGUAUAUGGAUAAACCCAACAAGCUGGAGAAGGAGCAGCCAUGCAAACUGUUUGACACCCAGCAGUUCCUUAUUGAGCUCCAAGAUUUCGUCCAUAAUGGCCGUCACUUACCGAGACACCAGGUGGUGCUGUGUUUUGGAGACGAGUUCCCCGACCCACAGCGGCCGAGGAAGAUGAUCACAGCACAGGUGGAGCCAGUGUUUGCCAGAAAACUGGUGUACUAUUACCAGCAGAACAAUGGCCACUACCUGCGGGCUUAUGAUCACAUCCAGGAGCAGAGCACAUCUCCAACAAUUGACUAUCCAUCCCAGAGGCCUCUGCAGCAUAUUCAAGAGUGACAAGCAUGCACACACAAACACAAACACACAUUCACACACACACACACACACACACACACUCACACACACACACACACACACACACAGUUACGCACAGGAGGGCAUGAAUGUGAAUGUAAACCACUGCCUGUUUGCCACCUUGUGAUUGUAGUGCUGUGUACUGUAAAUGAUAGAAGCUGUCAUGGCACUGGGGGGUAGAGAUGGGGAAGACCCUGCUGUUUUUACUUGCACACCUAUGCGUCGUAGUCUUUGUUUCUGUGACUGUGGAGUAAUGUUUUUUUUUUUUUUUU